CUCACGUUUGAGAACUCCCGCAACCUACUAUAGUACUCGAUGGACAAACCUCUCUUUCACUUUCCUCUUGCAGAUCCCAGGAGGGUCUAAAAAAAUAACUAAUAGGCCGCCAGACAGUUGGAAUGAAACCUAUCUUGGUCGGAGCACCAAAUAUCAACCGACCACUUUUCAUAAUAAUCGCUGGUCGUUUACAUCACUAGUGGUGCUUUCUUAUGGAACAAAUUGCCAGCAAUUCUCCAAAGCAACCACCGAGAAUCUCACAGCUUCUUCCUACUGUAAAAUGCUCAAGCUGCUUGCAGCCAGUCCCGCUCGCUGACCUCGGUGACCACGUAUGUUCACCACAACCUCCUCCUACCUUACCGUCCCUUCAGAAACCGCCCAUGUCCCCAAAAUCAACAAACUCGCUUCUACCACAGAGGUUGCAGAAUAUUCUUAUUUCUAAUAGGGCCGGGGCGCUACAACAGCAGCAACCCGUUACUUCCCGCACCCCGCCCCCUCAUGCUCAUCCACCCAGGUCUUCUCAACAUGAUCCUUUUCAGCGAAUACCCCCAACUGUGCAUUAUAAUCAAGGUGCUACUCGCACCAACAGCUCGGCUAGUCCUCCGAUACCACAAUCUAUUCUUGUCAACGGAGGAACAUCAACUAAUAAACCCCAUGUUCAUUUUCCAACCCAAUCUGCUCCCAUUCGAAUAGCAACUCCUCCUGUACCCACCAGGACCCACACUCCUUCAAAUACGGGAAGUCCUAGUUCCAGAUCACCCCUUAGUGUGUCAUCUUUCCCCAAUCCUUUUGAAGAUGACCCACGUCAGUCGGGUGCAUCUGAACCUGUAGUUGGCCGCUCGGGAACUGCUCGAAGAGAAAAUCCACCCGUUACACCGCAGGCGCCGCCCCCAUCAUCCAGGACAAGAACGCCAUCAAACGCCCCUUCCCACACUUCUAUCAUUCCACCGAGUCUCGCUCCGCGUCCGUCGUAUGAUCGCUCACGUACAUCUUCUACUCUUACGCCUAGGCCAUCACUGGACAAGCCUCGCCCCUCUUUUGACACUCCUAGACCUUCCUUUGAUACACAACGUCCUUCCUUUGACAUAUCUCGAUCUCAUCAUCCUGCCGAUGUACGACCGCAGCCUGUGUCAGUCCCGCGUCCACCCCACAGUACUUCGACACUCCCUCCACCAGGGGGUGUACCCUUUCCGAUGUCUGCCCCUACACCACAACCACCACCCGCAACCCGCUCGCCAGUGCCAGAUAGUGAACGUAAUAUUGACACAAAAUGCGGAGGUGAGGCUGGUAUGGCUGGCGUUGGACGGAGAGGGUUUGCAGCUGUGGCACGAGCUGCGAUGGUUGCUGCAUCUCAUUCUCAGCUGGACAGUCGUCGAGCAAAUGCUCCCAAGUAUCUGGACCUCAACACCGCCAUGAACCAUGUCAUGCGAGCCGCAAUGACACCCCCGCUCUCUCCAAACUCGGGAUACUCUCAUUCACCUGUCUCUCCUCACCCCGUGUCGCCGUUGUCGCUUCACAACGCAACACCGACCACCGGACAGUUUCCAAAGACACCACUCACACCUCAUGACAAGGCUGGGAUACAGUUUCUCUCAUCAUCCCCAAAUCAGAAAGCCCCUCCUCUUUCGACCUCGCCUGCUGAUAUCCAUAUUGUCACUCCAUCACGAUCGCCCUCGCCUAUUUCGAAUCCUUUCUCCCGACAUCUCAGCGGGGAAACUGUGAAUCAAUCACCGUUUGCAGCUGUUCCUGUUCGCCUACCAUUUCUUGACGCAUUUGAUAAAGGUCCUGUAAAGCACAGUUGCGAUGAUUCUGACGAUGAAAGUGUGUACACGACGCAUACGGCCGAACCAGGCAGGGGUCAUAGAGGCGGUACAGAACCCAUGUCCCCGUCGACUGAUUCAGACGUGGGGCUAGCCUAUGCUGAUGAUUCUGACAACGACACGCCUGUAGUGAUGCCACUCGAUAUACGCAAGUCAAAUGCAGUAUCUGGGAUCAACAAGGUCCAAUUUCCAAGUAUCGAAGAUAGGCAUCAGUCUUUCACGGUUCAGAAGCCGCCAUCGCGGAAAGCUUCAGCUUCGUCUGCUCCUACUGCAUCCACCUCGCGAACCAUUGAUACCGGAGCCAGCCGCACGCGCAGCGCCUCGGCUGCCACCCACACGACAACACGAUCUGCUGGAGCGUUAGAACGUGCAAUGGAGACGCUGAUUGAGGAAGGAGCAUCUGUCUCGGUCCUCGCUUCAGGUUCAGAAAGCCCUAUUCGGUCGAAUACAGUACCGGGCCCUGUAUCACCGGAAAGUAGACCACCGAAGCUACCAGCGCGGUCCUAUACGAGCCCGCACCAUCCGCAUAUUCAUUCCGAACCCGUAGGUAUAACAGGUCAAGUCGCGCGAGUACGGGAACGGUCCAAUACAAAGAAAGACCGCAUUUGUGCGAGCUGCGAUACGAAGGUCGACGAUGGGAGGUGGAUUCAGAUGGACGGCGGGAAUAUCCUGUGUGAGCGAUGCUGGAAGAAUAUGUAUCUUCCCAAGUGCCGCCGGUGUAAUCUUCCCAUUGAGAAGCAAGCCGUGUCGUCUUCCGACGGUCAACUGAAAGGCAAAUAUCACAAGAAUUGUUUCAAUUGUCACGUCUGCCAGAAACCGUUUCCAGAUAAGGAAUUCUACGUGUUUGAUGGUAAACCACUAUGCGCAUACCACUACCACGAGGCGAACGACUCUCUCUGCGCUGCAGCCUCAUGUGGCCAGCCAAUAGAGGGCCCUUGCGCUGUCACUCAUGCAGGAAGGCGCUAUCAUCCAGACCAUCUUCUUUGUGAGUUUGAGAAUGGUUGCGGAGAGCGAUUGGCAGAGUAUUGGGAGGUAGAUGGGCAAAUGUUAUGUGAGAAGCACGCUGCAUUAGCUGGGGGCAGCAGCUGUGCCUCCUCGAGAGGCGAUAGUCCUGACCCGCAACGUAUACGUGACGAGGGGCGCGCGAGGAGGCGUAUGACGCGGUUCAUCGACCUCGGGGCUGUAGAAGAGGAGGACGUUGACAUCCGGUGAACAUGAUGGACUUGACAUAUGCAUUAAUUAACCUUAUUCUUCAUUUUUUUUCUCAUCCUUUUUCCCGGACCAUUAGCAAGUGUACUCUCACAUCUUCCACAGGUUAUAAUACCCUUACACUCCCUUGCAAUCGAUAUACCGCAUAUUUCUUUUUCUUGAUAUCAUUACGGGACUUUAUGAGCCAUAGACGAGGCUUUUUGCAUCUUCUCUAUCUCGUUCGUCGUCCAGGAUUAGGACAGAGUUAAUGUUUCCUCCUUAGUCAUACAUCUAGUAGCUGCACAAUUGUACUUGCACUGCAG